UUUGAUUUGAAAGAGAAAAACGAAAGAGACAGAUAAGACGUAUUACAUUACAGCAUAUAACAGAAGAGGCCACAGCGGCAGAGUAACCCUAUUGUUGCCUCUUCUAGUCUUCUUCAAGAAAGUCUUAAAUUGUGUUUUCUUGAGAUAGACAGUGAACCGGAAAUGACGACAAACGGCGUAGCUUCGUGGCGGAGGAUUUCUGAUAGGAUCGACGGUUUUGAUUUAUCACCGUCUGAUUCUGAAGAAGUUCAUGUUCUGGCCGUUGAUGAUAGUUUCGUUGACCGAAAAGUCAUCGAGAGGUUGCUCACUGUUUCUUCUUGCAAAGUCACUGCAGUUGAUAGUGGACGGAGAGCUCUUCAGUUCCUUGGAUUAGAUGAGGAAAAGAACGCUAAUAGCUUUGAUGGUUUAAAAGUGGAUCUGAUUAUCACGGAUUACUGUAUGCCGGGAAUGACAGGAUAUGAAUUGCUUAAGAAAAUCAAGGAAUCAUCAACUUUCAGGGAGAUUCCAGUUGUGAUUAUGUCGUCGGAAAACAUUUUGGCGCGCAUUGACAGAUGUUUGGAAGAGGGUGCAGAGGAUUUUAUAGUGAAGCCUGUGAAAUUAUCAGAUGUGAGACGUAUAAAAGACUACAUGACGAAAGACAUUAAAUUGGGAAAUGAAGGAAGCGGUGGCAAUAAGAGGAAGAUUCGCGAGACUUCUGAUCUUUCUUCAUCUCCACCGUCAACCCUUUCAUCAUUACCCUCAUCAUUACCGUCAUCACCACCUUCUUCACCGUUACAGUCAAUGUCUCCGUCACCCUCACAGUCAAUUUUUUCGUCGUCAGCACCCUGUUCUCCUUCAUCCACCUUCGAUUCUCCCACAAGACGGCUUAAAAUGACGCUCUCUGAUUAGAUCCCUGUCAUAUAUAUUUAUACUACAAUUAUUAAUCCUGCAAUCUCUGCAAUUAUCCGUUAGUUUUAACGGUUUUUGUU